AUGACUCCCUCCAAGAGAAAUCCACCUCUUCCACGCACGCCAGCAGACCGGCUACAGCUUGCUCGGAAGCCGUCGUCGGUAGAUGCUGACCCCAAACUCUACGAGAACAGAGCGAUCAUAUUGAAGACAUCUCAAGAUUCGAGUCAGAGUACAGUGCUCUAUCUAGCGUACGGCUCGAACCUGUCCGUCGAAACGUUUCGCGGGAAGCGAGGCAUCGAGCCUCUUUCGCAAGUCAACGUCUGCGUGCCGGAGCUGAAACUCACCUUUGAUCUCGCCGGGAUACCGUAUAUAGAACCAUGUUUUUCGAGCACCCAUUAUCGGACGAACGACUCCACAGAUACUCCGGACAAGUUAUACUACGGUGGCAGUGAUGAUAAAAAGGACAAUGGGGAGAAAGCUUCCUUCCUGCUUGAUCCCGAAUCUGCCCUCCUCUACGGGCAGAAAGACUACCAUAAAGACCGAUGGCACAAGCCCCUUGUCGGCGUCGUGUAUGAAGUGACAUUAGAAGAUUACGCACACAUUAUCGCAACCGAGGGUGGAGGCAGUGGCUACGAGGACGUCGUCGUUUCCUGCUUCCCAUUUCCGAAGGAUUAUAACCCGAACGAUCCAACGCCAGAUGUUCCCCAAACAGAGUCGUUUAUGGCGCAUACGCUUAUAUCACCACCCAAUCCAGAAAACAAGGGGGCCAAAAAGAGCCAUCUCAUUCGACCAAUCCCGUCUUAUGCGCAGCCAUCAGCGAGAUAUUUAAAGCUAAUAAUGGAUGGCGCGGAUGAGCUGGAUUUCCCGCAUGAUUAUCGUGCCUAUUUAGCAUCUAUUCGGCCAUAUAGAGCCACUACUCUCGGGCAAAAGGUUGGACAAAAGAUCUUUCUAACGAUAUGGUUGCCACUGGUAAUGCUAUUGCUGGCGCUGGCGCAGUUGUUUGCCGACGACGAAGGAAUCACUCCCGACUGGCUCGCAAAGGCACAAGUCCAACUUCAUGAAACUAUAUGGACAAGUUAUGAUGUGUUUUUUUGUAAGAGGUUUGGGGACGGGGAGAGGACGAUUGGGGAUGAUUAA